AUGCGCAAAGCUUCUGCGCCGCUUCCCGACAGUAGCGCUCUUGUGAGCGAUGUCACCUACGAACUCAUUGGAGGUGGAUUUUCAUUGACUCAACUCAUAGCGAGCUCCGGUGCUCCAGCAUUCCUCUCUCUCUCUUUGCGGACUUGUUCAUAUCGUUUUCACUUAGGUGAGGGAAUGUUAUUCGUCUCGCGUAUGUCCCUGAGUAGGAUGCUUCAAGAGAAAGACAUACUUCAUUGUCGUUUCUAUGAAGAGGAGCAGAAAAAAGCUGAUGAAAAUGUCUCAAGGCUGGCGGAAGAACACGAGGGUUUGCGUGAGAUGCUAAGUAGCAGUCGCGCUAAUAUUGGGAUAAAGAUGAUGGGAGAAAUUGACGUGAAAGAGUUCAAGAAUGCAUGCAAUUUGAGAUUCCCACCUGAAGAAGCUGAGAUAAAGCCUAAAGGCCAUCGCUUUUUGCUCCCUAUGGCAAGAGAAACUUAA